AUGAUCAUCGAAUACGUCAUGCCACUUAUAAUCCUUGUUUACCUCUAUUCAAAAAUCGCCUGGUCACUUCACAAGAAGGUCAAGGUUGGUAUCGCUACUACUACUACUACCGCUGCAGCCACCACUAUUACUAUUGCCGCUACUACUACUACUACUACUACUACUACUACUACUAAUAAUAAUAAUAAUAAUAAUGCUAGCAACAAUAAUAAUAAUAAUAAUGACAAUAGUUGUAAUGGUGGAAAGAACGACGGUGACGAUGAGCCCAUAGCUAUAAUAUCAUCAACAAACAUCAACAACAACAACAACAAUAACAACAACAAUAACAACAACAAUAAUAAUAACAACAUCAAUAAUAAUAAGAGUAUGAAUAACAUCAAUAAUAACAAGCCAAAAAUGGACAAAGCCAUUUUUAAAGCCAGGGAUAGUGUCCUGAGAACUUCCAUCGGGAUUUCGUUGGGGUUUAUAAUGUGCUGGACUUUAAACCAAUUCUACUUUUUAUUCUUCAACUUGAAGAUUGUUUUCUUCAACUUCGACAACGUCUUCUAUCACAUCACCGUAUUCCUUGUCUAUUUCAAUUGCUGUGUCAACCCGGUUAUAUAUCUGGUCAGGUAUGACCAAUUCCAGAAGGCUCUGAAGACACUCUUUUGCAAAAAAAAGUACUGA